CGCAACCUUUCCUACCACGUUCUUGCCCUGCGUACGGUUACGUUUACAUCAUUCAUCGUCAUUUACGGUGGCUUCUACUACCUGCACUCCCAGCUCAUGGCCUGCACACGAUGCCCCCGGGCCCUAUGUCGACACACCUCCCGUCACAGUACGAGCCCGAUGUCAACAUCAUCGAUGAUCUUCAAGGCUUCUCCCCAGUGACAGCCGGCUACAAUAUGAAUGCAUAUCGCACCCCUUAUCCGGACAGCAUUGCGACUUCAACCUCAUCAGCUACCAGCCCUGAUCCCCAGGCGGGUACGAUGGCGGAUUCUAUUGUCAUAGAGACCGACGAGGACAAACGAAAGCGUAACCAAGCAGCAUCCGCACGCUUUCGGCAAAAGAAGAAGCAGCGAGAGCAGCACCUGAUGGAAACAAGCAGGGAGAUGCAGGAAAAGACGAGAAAGCUGGAGUCCGAGAACGAAGGGUUGCGCAAAGAGAAUCUCUUUCUCAAGAAGCUUCUUGUCGAGAAGGUCGAUAACAUGACCGGAGAGGAUAGAGAGUUGCUGCUAAGGGCGACGGGAGAGGCUCUGAAGAAAGCUUCGUGAGUCCUGCUGAGGAGGUUCCCGAGGACAGUUUCACCUUUCACAUAUUGAGGGAUUUUGUUACACUUGUGGUACUGAGAGAGCAGACAGAUCCAUUUCGUUAUAUAAUAUACGAGCCGAGGCGUUCAGGUCCACUCUACUGACACAACACAACAAUUUCGACAUAUACUACGGAAGCCGGUUGCACGAUUAUUCGAUGCACUUGUGCGAGGCCAAAUUCUGGAUAUAACAGUGCAGCACAACAGACCCGACGCGACACAGUCGGUGAUUCUUGCAGAUGACUUCUGGCACAUA